AUGGAUUCCUCAAUACCACAAAAGUCUUCCGCAAACCUCUUCCAGGUGUAUUUACGCUUGAGACCACCCCCAGCUGGCGCAGCUUUGUCUGACAGAUUCGUCGAUGUCGAAGAGUCCCGCGAGGACUCGCACCCGACUCACAUCACCCUGAAUCCUCCCAAUGACCGCAAGCGAUCAACAGAAAAGUUUGCCUUCACCAGAGUCUUCGAGGAAGAUGCCACCCAGCUCGACGUCUUCCAUUGCACAGGAGUCGCCUCGCUCGUCGAGGGUGUCUUGGCCCCUCAUGGUGGACAUGGCACUGAUGCUCUGAUAGCCACACUGGGCGUCACUGGAUCUGGAAAGUCACACACCAUUCUUGGCUCGCGCUCAACGCGAGGCAUGACACAGCUCGCACUCGACGUUGUCUUCAGAUCCAUUGGCUGCAACAUGUACGAUUCACCUAGUUUGGAAGGCUCUCUCCAAGCCUCGGAUGCCUCGGACGCAACAAUCAUAUCGGCAGCGUGUUUUCUAGAGACCGUGUUCGCAGAUUUCGGCUCAUCCCGAGGAGGAGGAUCAAGAGCGGGAACACCGAUGCUUGUAGGAACCCCCGUCCUUUCCCUCGACUUUCCCUUCCAGUCUUUUGCACACAACCAAAGGCAGAAACGAACCCAGCCACCCGUCGACGUGGCAGGCGUGCGCCUUGUGUCGUUGACCCCAGAUGAUCCGCGGCGCAAGCCUCGCGAUGGCUUUUCCACGCCAGUGCGGGAAGAGUUCAUAGUCCACCAAGUUGCCACUGAGAAGCAUUUCAUGGCUGUGACCAAAGCUUCCAAAGUAAAGAACACAGCUAAAUAUUUAGUAAAGGGCGAACACUGUCCCCCUCCUACCCCUCGACGAGUCCUCCAGCGACCAUCGGCUCUCCCUUCAGCCCCAGAUAUUAGCUCUGUCAACGUGUCUUCUGAUCCCGAAUCAGACUAUGCCGUUGUUUUGUCCAUGUACGAGGUAUACAACGACAAGAUCUACGAUCUCCUGACCCCACCCAUCAAGUCCAAUGCUACGAAAGAAUACCGACGUCGGCCGCUGCUCUUCAAGUCGACCGAGCAGUCCUCGGACAGGAAGGUUGUGGCCGGGCUGAAGAAAAUCGCGUGCACUAACAUGCGAGACGCUAUCAUGGUGCUGGAAGCAGGCUUGCAUGAGCGUCAAGUUGCUGGAACUGGCAGCAACAGCGUCUCCUCCCGCAGCCAUGGGUUCUUCUGCGUUGAGGUGAAGAAAAGAGUCAGAGUAGGGCGGCAUCGGUCUUGGGCUGGCAACACUCUGACCAUUGUCGACUUGGCUGGUAGCGAGCGUGCACGAGAUGCCAAGACACAAGGCGCAACUCUCGCAGAAGCCGGAAAGAUCAACGAGAGUCUGAUGUAUCUCGGUCAGUGUCUCCAAGCGCAGAGCGGUAUGGGCAACAGCGGCAAGCCAACUGUCAUGCCAUUCCGGCAAUGCAAGAUGACCGAGCUUUUGUUCUCCAAUUCCUUUUCGGCAUCCUCUUCAUCAUCUGCGGGUGUUGUGCCCCGCCGGAAUGCUCAGCGAGGCAUCAUGAUUGUCACUGCCGAUGCACACGGCGACGCAAACGCGACGUCGCAAAUACUUAGGUAUAGUGCUCUUGCGAGAGAAGUUACGGUCCCCCGCAUUCCCAGCAUUACGUCGACCAUUCUGGCCGACACGACUUCAUCGCACCCAUCGUCGGGACUGAGAUCCCCCGACCUGCCUCCACAACGCCGAGGCUACUUCGGCCAUGGGUCAUCCGGACAGCGCAACUUUUCUCCGAAUUCCGAUAAUGGAGACAGAGUUCUCAUGGAGCAUGCGGCGCUGGAGAUUGCUCGGAUGCAGGAGGAGAUCACCAAUCUCCACAUCGAGCUGGACAACGAACGUGAAGUGAGAGUGUCCGCCGAAGCACAUCUUCUCAGCAUGGAAGAUAGGCUUUUGGAGCUGGAGCAGACAGUGCGCGAGGAUUGCAUGGCCGAAUUCGACGCUCGCUUUGAGUUGGAGCUGGCCCGUUGGAAAGCAACUCUGGCUGCAGAGCAAGAGAAGGGCGAGGAACACUGGGACCGCAAAAUGGAGCUUUUCGAAAAGGGUCUUGGUUUAACGAUCGACGACGACGCUGGCGAGGACAAGGAAAACUUGCUUGUUGAGGACCUCGAAGAUGAGAACGAAAGACUCCGGCGCGAGAACGAGAUUUUGAAGCGUGAGCUAGCGCAAAGAAGCCCGAGCAAGCGGAAGCCGCUCCAGGAGCGUGAAGACUUUGGUAGCCGGAAAGGCGGCGCUCCCGGCGUUAGCAAUCUGGGCCGAAAGAUGGAGCAACUACGCGUUAGCAAUGAAAGUACAGGCGGCAGCUCGGGAAGCCCCAAGAAGAUGCGAAAGCUUGCGACGAAGCGAUGGGAGACGGUUGCUGACGAUGAGUUCUGA